AUGACGACAACGUCCCGGGUACUCCCCGCGAAGCUGGAGCCGCACGUGGCGCGCGGGCCGCUCGCCGCCGCCGGCUGCGAGGCGGGCUCGCUCACCGUGGUCACUUGGGUGCAAGGCGCGAGCGCCAACUGGCUGUUGCUGCGGUACCUGUAUGCGCUUCUAGGAGGAGGAGGAGGAGGAGGGCGUGGCAGCAGCAGUAAAUCGGAGGACGGGCUGGUAGGGGUGGUGUUGUUGAGCUUUCUGCGGGAUGAGCGGUUCUGGGCCGAGGGUUGCGCAAGAUUGGGCAUGGACAUCGAUGCCCUCCGCAAGAGCGGACGCUUCAGCUUUGUCGACGGGCUCACGGAGGAGCUCCUAGCCACGCCAGACGGCCACGAUCCGUGGACCGACGCCGUUAAAACCCGGGUCGACGACGCGGCGGCCCGCCUCCUCCCGGCACCGCUGCGCGGCGGCAGGAAGGUGCUGCUCGUCGAUGGCCUAGAUGCCCAUGUCGCGAUGGCGGCCAGCGCGACAGAAGCAGAGAGCCUACUGAUGCGCUUACGCGAGACUAUGCACUCGACCUUGGUCACCUUGGCGGCCGACGAGCCUCUCCUGCGAGCCGCGAUUCGGCGGCCGCAGCAACAGCAGCAAGACAAGACGACCACCACGGGGCUAGAGCGGCAACAGGCCGCGCUCGUCCUCAAUCAAGUCCACGCAGCCAACCAGGUCGUCUCCCUGCGCCGGCUGGACACGGGCGCGGCGGCCGACGUCAGCGGCGUGCUGCGCAUCGCGACAGUGGGGGAGGACGGGCAGGGGGGCGCUGAAGAGGAGCUGCUGUACCACGUCGCUGGAGAUGGCAGUGUGCGUGUCUUUGAAAGGGGUGCGUGA